AUGGGUGAGGUAUCGGACGCCGUUAAAAAGUGCUGUAACAUACUGAAAAACUCGGCAAGCGAUACGGAAAAAUUCGCCGCCUUGUUUAUGGUUACGAAACUAGUGAAAGGUAAACAUGCCACGCCGAACGCCAAGAAAGCCAUAUUCGAAUCGAUCGGUUUCGACUUUCUGCGGAGGCUUUUAGUGGCUACAGAUGUCCCGGUGGAUUGCCCGCCUUCUAUAUACAAAUCCAUAGCGCUCUCGAUAGUGUCCGUUUUCUCCAACGAAGAGGAACUGGCCACGAAGAAAGAGAUGCUCGAAUUCGUGCCUAUAUUCCUCGAUAUCGUAAAAACCGCGGACGAUUCGGCUAACGAUGACAGCUUGAUGGCUAUCGGAGAAGCUUACAAUUGCUUGAAAGGCAUAGCCGCCUACGAACCCGGUCAAAAGAAGCUCAUCGAGUGCCAGGGAGUAGAUAAGCUAGGCGAAAUAUACGCUCAAGGCAGUUUCCAAUCCGACGAGGCCCUCAACAUCAUGGCCGUUUUGAUAGCCAAAGAUCCCAAAUCUUGGACCAACAAAGACCCGAAAGCCUACCACGCCUUAUUGAACAAGAUUUCGGUGGAUUUCGAAACCGAUCAGGACAAGAGGAAGUUCGAAAUAUGCGAAGUCCUCAACGCUCUGGUGUUCAACUGCCCUCGCGCAAACAUAUCUGAAUUUGCUCAAAGCGAAAUAUGGCCCAACAGCAUCUACAAAGGCCUUUGUGAUAUACUUCAAAGUAAAAUCGGGCCGGCCCAACGCAACCCAGCGCUGUUGCUCACUUCCAGUACGUUAGAACUGCUAGGCAUCGAUUGGGUAUUCACGGACGAAGCGAAAGGCAAACAAAUAUUCCUACUCCUAAUUCAACUAGCCGCCAUCGAAGUUCGAAUGCAGCUGGAGAACAAGAGCUUGAAAUCAUUGGCUCAACACCAAAAUCUAAUCACCGCCUGUUACCUGAUACUCGAAGUGUCCAUCAACUACAUAACGGAGGAUAAAAUAGAUUUAGACGAAAAGGAGAAACAGACCUUGUACACGGGAUUAAAAGGCGCGUUCACUGCUAUUGCGGGAUUGAUGGGGAAAAUCGAUGCGGACAAGUCCAAGCCUUCCAACGACGACAAGCUGUUUAUUUGCGCUACGAUUAGGGUACUAGCGGCUUGGCUGGCCCAAGAAACUUCGGCUAUGCGGCCACAAAUUUACAAGCUACUCCCUUUCAUAUUGGAAUUAGCCAACGAAACGUUUUACGCUUACAGAGACAGAAAAUUGGCCGAAAAAUUGAACCAACCUCACGACAACAACCCUUUGAGUACUGUCGAUACUCUACGAGUGCUUCUACCGGCUCUAUGCCAUCUGGUAGUUGAAGACGACGCUCGAAAGGUGUUUUUGAACGUCAAAGAAGACAAAGUUUUGUUGGACUUUUUGGAGUUCCACUGGACAAUUGUGCAUUACAAGAGACCUCCCGUGCCGAGAGCCGAAAGACUUAAAGCCUUGAACACGCCUAUAACGUUUACGCAGGAAAUGCUGGACGAACAGAAAGAUUCGAGGGCUGCCAUGAUUAGCUGUUGCAACAUUUUAAUGAACUUGACCGUGUUGGAGCCGAAGAUCGUCGAAAAGUCCGAGGUGUUCGAUAAAUUGUCGAAGUUCGUGUUCGAAAAUUUGCCCGAGUUGAAAGAUAUACCUGAGAAUUUGGUGCUGCACGGGAACUUAUCGGUUCUCGGUCUCUUAUUAAUGAAACAGCUGUCUAACAAGAUAAAAAAGAACGACUUUUCCUUAUGUAGAUAUAUUCAAGCUACCAUUAGAUUCUUAUGGGAUGCUUAUACGAUUGACGAGUCCAAAGAUCUUGAGUUGGUGGUUUCCAUGGCGUAUAAAGAACACUGGAUGGAGCUCAGCGAUUUAUGGUACCUCGGUAUGCAGACAUUGUCCGGAGCCCUUAAAGGAACUCCUUGGAUAUCCGAAUUCGCCAUAGAGAGUGGCUGGGCAGAGGGGAUCGUGCAGCUACUUAAAAAAGUUAAAAUUGGAACGCUACCGCCUAAUGUAAAAUCGGCGUUCGAGGAUUUCUUGUGCCAUCUGAUUGAUGCUAACGACAGUGUAGUAGGUGUCUUAAAAAAAGCCGAAGCUUUGCAAGCUUGCAGGAAUCACCGGUUAAUGGAUUUGGGAAAGAAGCUGUUCGGAGAUUAA